CUCUCUCCCCUCUUCUCCUUUAUUGAAAGAAGGGCAGAAGAGUGAAGGAGUCUGAUAGUGGUUGCAAUCAGCCCGAGUGCACAGUGCUGAUGCAGAGACCUAAUGUGGAGAUGGUCCAGCAGAGGGACUGACUGGCUUUUGCCCCUGAUACAGAAGCAUUUUGAUUGGUUUUACAAUCAUCUGACUAAGUCUUCAGCAUUGGCAGGUAAAGAUGUGCAUCUCAUGAAGAUCCCCCUUAUUCUGUUAUCUGUAUUCAAACCAACAGUUUCCUAAUUAUGCAGAUUUUCAAGACCAUGUUGGCGUUAUGCACCAAAAAGCUUCAUUAUUUUUUGCCUUCAUUUGUCAGAAUAAAUUGAACUGAAACACAGAUCUUUGUAAACCACCCACGGAGUGUGUGCAGAGACAUGGGGGACUCCAACAUCAGCCAUACGUCAGGGGCGUUUGAAGUGACACAAGACAGUAUCCCAGCAACUAGGUUGGAUCACUACAUGGACAACUAUGAUAUGGACUAUGGUAUUCCCCCUGAAGAGAUCCCAGACACCACCCAGGGUCAGGCCUUCUUUGUGGCCACCAUUGUGAUUGGCGUCGUCCUUGUCUGUAUCAUGCUCGUCUGUGGGCUGGGUAACUUCCUGUUCAUCGCCACGCUGACACGGUACAAAAAGCUUCGCAACCUCACCAACCUGCUCAUCGCCAAUCUGGCCAUCUCAGACUUUAUAGUAGCUGUGGUGUGCUGCCCAUUCCUGGUGGACUACUAUGUGGUCAAAAAGCUUUCGUGGGACCAUGGACUGGUGCUGUGUGCCUCUGUCAACUAUCUACGAACAGUGUCACUCUAUGUGUCCACAAAUGCACUGCUGGCUAUUGCUGUUGACAGGUACAUGGCCAUUGUCCACCCACUGAGGCCGCGUAUGAAGUACCAAACCGCCUAUUGCCUGAUAACAGGAGUCUGGAUCGUCCCCAUCCUGAUUUCUAUUCCCUCUGCGUACUUCGCCUCUGAGACCACGUACCCUCAUGGUGGAACCUCCUCAACCACCCACAAGGUCUUCUGUGCUCAGAUCUGGCCCGUGGACCAGCAGGCCUACUACCGGUUCUACUUCCUGCUGGUUUUCGCCGUGGAAUUUGUCGGGCCUGUCAUCGUCAUGGCGAUGUGUUAUGCCCGGAUUUCCAGUGAGCUGUGGUUUAAGAAUGUCCCGGGUUUCCAGACGGAGCAGAUCAGAAAGAGGCUGCGUUGUCGCCGGAAGACGGUGAUGGUCCUGAUAGGGAUACUGACCGCAUACAUCCUGUGUUGGGCACCGUACUACGCUUUCACCAUCCUGCGGGACUUCCAUCCGACGAUUAUCUCUCGUCAGAAGAACUCACUGGUGGCUUUCUACAUCAUUGAGUGCAUUGCCAUGAGCAACAGCAUGAUCAAUACUUUCUGUUUUGUCAGUGUGAAAAACAACACCGUUAAGUACCUGAAGAAGAUUGUGCUGCUGCGCUGGAGGUCCACUUAUAAUCCCAGUAAAACCGUGGAUGAAAUGGACAUGAGGACCUCUUCUAUGCCCAUAACAGAAGAGAUUGAAUGUAUUCAUCUGAGAUAAAAAGAUGAAAAUGUAAACGCUCACAAUUGCACUGCUGAUGUACAGUCUUUUUUUCAGCAAAUACAUUUUCUUUAAUGUUUUCCACUUUUAUUUCACAAACAUAAAGGAGGGAGAAAAAUGGGUCAGCAGUUCAUUGUUUGCGGUAUUUCACAAAUCUAUACUGGAUUGUUACAAUGGUUAUACAAUGCAUAAUGUGGAAUGUUAAAAUUUCUGUGAUGUAAUGGGGAAAAAAAAGUAAAUAUUUGUAAAUACUGGUUGUAGACAUGGUAAGUGCCAUUCUAUUGUGUUGUACUACUAAUAUUUCUAUGUUAUGUCUACAUUUAAAGCUUUUAUGUAUGAGAUUUAAAUGGAUCCGGUUACAGAAAUUACAUUUUUACUUGGAAUUUAGUUUUAAUUCAUGUAUAAUCACCUGAAAAUACUGAUCACUGUGUUUUCUUCGCCUUACAAUGAGAUGUUUGUUUCUACAGAUUUCAUGUUCUGGGGUGGUAACCUACAUUAUAGAGCAUUUCCAUCCUCUUUUAUUUUUUGUUAGUGUCCCCCCAGUGGCCCAAAAUGGAUAAAAGAAACAGUCAUGAGGGCCUUUUGUAUUUUUUCUUUCAUCUGCUACUAAAUAUUACACACUGAACAUUUAAUUUUAGAUGAAUUUGUGAAACCAAUGAAGUCUUUAUAUUGAUUGGGUAAAGUUUUGUGUGUUUUCUGCUCUUUUUCGCCUUUAAAGAAGUGAUAUUGUAGUUCUUGAAAGUGGAGUUUUACUUACAUGUAAUUGUACGAUAGUAUUGCUUUAUUCCUGUUUGCAUUUAAAAUAAAAUAUAUUCUUCAUGUCUUUUGUGAA